AUGACAGCUGACUCGGAGAAAGAUAGUACCCAUUGUUUGAUAUGCAACGGUAAAGUUGGCGUAUCUACUAGAAACAGUAUACGAAUUUUUAAUGAAAACUCUGUAACGUCGUCGGAAAAGCCACUUUUGGAUGUCAUUUGUACCGUCUUGGAGAUAGAUUUGAACGAGGAGAAUAUUGACGAACUCGAAAGUCGAUUGACGGAAGUGAAAUUAGAAUUGUUCAAUAACUACAAGAAGACUGUCAAAAAGAUAUCUGAUAUGCAAAACGAAGAAGAGUACAACGAUCACGAUUACGUAGAGAAUACAGAGAGUCAGGACGUGGAUGGAGAGAUUAGAUAUGUACAAAAGGAUGAAUCGGAGAUUCGGGAGAUGGAAGGUGAGGAAGAGAGGUUAGAGGAGGAAGAGGAAGAUGAAUCUGGAGAAAUCGUUAUGAAAGUCGAGGAUGUACCGGAAACGAGCAAUACCGAAGAGAGAAAAAGGAUAAAAAGGGCAAAACUUGCUACGCCGAAAGUUGAACCUGCUCAAGAACAAAUCGUAGCCAGAGAUGGUUCCGUGUACGCUUGUUUGUUGUGUACGAACGAAGAUGAUAAAACCGUAGGAGAUGCAAAGUCUAUCAUCGCGCACGUAAGAGGUGUGCACGAAACGCGUUUGUAUAUCUGCGAUAUAUGUGGCGACGACUUUAGAAAGAGAAACGAACUGUCUGUUCAUCUGGACGAUCACGUUGCCAAGGAGGAAGGAGAUUUUCAAUGUGAAAUAUGCAAUAGGAUAUUUAGUAAUCUGCGAUUAUUUAGAAUUCACAAGAGGAUACAUUAUCCGCAAGUGAAAUGUUGGCCGUGCGAGAGUUGCGGUAAACGAUAUAGAAACUUGUUGGAGGAACAUAUCAAUACGCAUACGGGUGUACGUCCGUACGUGUGUGAAAACUGUGGUAAAGAUUUUGCUUCGAAAUAUACUUACAAAGCACACGUGAAGACGCACGAGAUACGGCCUCGUCCGUACGAGUGUUCGCAAUGUAACAAAACGUUUUUGAGUCAACAAAAUCUUAAUCAGCAUGAAAGAACUCACAACGGUGUGAAGGAGUAUGUUUGUCAUCAGUGUGGAAAAGCGUUUGGUUCGCCGCAUAAUUUGGAAGUGCACAAUAUAGUGCAUACAGGUUACAAACCGUACAUAUGCAGGGUAUGCGGCAAAGCAUUUGCCCGUAAAGCCGAAAUAAGGGAUCACGAAAGAACGCAUACCGGAGAAAAACCGUAUCAGUGCGAAUUUUGCGGGGCUACGUUUAGUCAGCGAUCCAACUUGCAAUCUCACAAGCGCGCGACACAUUAUAACGAUAAACGGUACAAAUGCGACGACUGCGGGAAAGGAUUCAAACGGAGAAGAUUGUUGGACUAUCACAUAAAGGCAGCUCAUACCGGCGAAAGACCGUAUAAAUGCGACAUAUGUACAGCGACGUUCGUAUACCCCGAACAUUUCAAAAAACAUAUACGUAUACACACUGGGGAGAAACCUUACCUCUGUGAGGUUUGUGGCAAAGCGUUCAACAGUCGAGACAAUAGAAAUGCACACCGAUUUAUACACAGCGAUAAAAAGCCGUACGAGUGUCUGGUAUGUGGCAUGGGUUUUAUGAGGAAACCUUUGUUGUAUGCUCAUAUGCAGGCUCAGGGUCAUUUGAACGAUACCAUUGUGGUUAAUCAGCCGCGACUCACUACGGAAGACGAUCAAGUUAUAACGAUCUCCGAUGGCAACGUGGAGCUUUUAGUCGAUGAAACGGAAAAUGAUCAGUUGGAUGAAACUGAACUGUACGUGACGGAAUUGAAAGACCAUGUUAUUAUACAGCAACAAAACGACGAUCAAAUGUACAACGAAGAAGAUGUGUUGAAUAUUUCGACGGAGGAGAAUGUCGCGGACGAGGACGUGAAUCAUCUUGUUGACGAAGAAAUGAAUUUUGCCGAAAAUGAAGUGAUGGAAUGCAAAACUGAAGAUUCGGAACAAGUGGAAGAGGUGUAUAAUUAUAACGAAACUGAAGACGGGGAAACGAUAGUCGUACCAACUACCUCGGAAUAUAAAGCAGUGGAAGAAGAUAAGAAUGCUGUACGAUUAGUGCAAAUUCGAUUUCCAGCGUCGGUCGAUGGAGAAGGUCGAAGUUGGUUGAGCUUAGUACAAAACACGUAAAUUUUUGUAUCGUUAUGAUGUACUAUAGCUUCGUAAUUGUG